AAACAUCUCCUCAACCUUACACUUUCUAUUUUUUUCCCCUUUUUUUUAAGUAUGACAAUUAGUCCUUGACUUACCAAAAAUACUACCAUUUCCAGAAAUUAAGAAGAUCCAGCAUAGGCACAAUGGCUAGCAUGAAGCUUGGUUCUAAAUCUGAAGCGUUUCACCUCAAUGGCCACUCUUGGAAUUGUUCAUCCGGGCUUGCUAGUGAUGUUACUAUCCAUAUUGGAGAAAUGUCUUUUCAUCUUCACAAGUUUCCGCUGCUGUCAAGAAGCGGGCUGCUGAAAAAACUUAUUGCAGAGUUAAAACAGGAGGAUGGAUCAUCAUCAUUCUGUGUUGUACAACUCGGGGAACUACCAGGGGGAGCCAAAGCAUUUGAGCUGGUGGCGAAGUUCUGUUAUGGCGUAAAAAUCGAGUUGAAUGCGCGCAAUGUAGUUAGCCUAAGAUGUGCAGCUGAGUAUCUCCAAAUGAGUGAUGAAUAUGGAGAAGGAAAUCUCAUCAAUGUAACAGAAGUUUUCCUAAAUACCGUAUUCGCGAGUUGGUCUGACACUAUCAAAACCCUGGAGACCUGUGAAGAAGUCUUGCCUCAAGCUGAGGAGCUUGACAUUGUGUCAAGAUGCAUAAAUUCAUUGGCUAUGAAAGCUUGUUCUGAUCCAAAAGUGUCGAAUAGGCCUGUUUUAGGGGAUGAAAACGAGCAUAGAGAAGGCGUCGAUGGAAUGUGGAAUGGAUUAACAACAUCGAAUCGCUUGCAAGCUACACCUGAUCAGGGGUGGUGGUACAAGGAUUUAUCAUUUCUAAGUUUACCAUUGUAUAAGCGUUUGAUUGUCGCUGUUGAAGCUGCCGGAAUGAGUUCAGAAAACCUCGCGGGAUCCCUGGUUUUCUAUGCUAAGAAAUAUAUUCCGUUGAUGAACAGGCAAUCAAGCUUCAAUGAUGCUAAUCAUUCGAAACCAGGAUCAACGACGUCCACGCCUUCUGAAUCCGAUCAGAGGGCUCUUCUCGAAGAGUUAGUCGAGCUUCUUCCGAAUCAAAGAGGGGUUACACAGACAAAGUUUCUCAUCAGGCUACUCAGAACUGCUAUGGUUCUGCAAACGAGUCCAUCCUGCAAGGAAAAUUUGGAAAAGCGUGUCGGGUUGCAGUUGGAUCAGGCCGCUUUAGAUGAUCUGCUUAUCCCAAACAUGGGAUAUUAUGUUGAAACAUUGUAUGACAUUGAAUGCUUUCAGAGGAUUCUUGAUCAUUUCUUAUCAAUGGAGCAAUCUGUUGCUCCUUCUCCAAGCAUCGUGGAAGAAAACCGAAUAGAUCAUUCAUUGACCUCAAUCACAAUGGUAGCAAACCUUGUGGAUUCAUACCUAGCUGAUGUUGCAACAGAUGUUAACCUGAAGUUCCCGAAAUUCCAAGCCCUUGCUGCCGCGAUCCCUGAUUACGCGAGGCCAUUAUCCGAUAGCAUAUACCGAGCCAUUGACAUAUAUUUGAAGGCCCAUCCUUGGCUAACAGAUUCAGAAAGGGAACAAAUAUGUAGACUGAUGAAUUGCCAGAAACUCUCUUUGGAGGCCAGUACUCACGCAGCACAAAACGAAAGGCUGCCACUCAGGGUGAUUGUCCAGGUCUUGUUCUUCGAACAGCUUCGCCUGAGAACAUCGAUUUCGGGUUGGUUCUUUGUAUCUGAGAAUCUUGACAACUCAAGAGAUCCUCCUAGUGGGGUGAUGUCAAUGGGAAAAAAUGGCGGUUCGCGAAAACUCGGAAGGAAACCUGGCGUUGAUGAGAUGAAGUAUCGGAUCAGGGAGCUGGAAAAAGAGUACAAUAGCAUGAGGAAGGAGUUUCAUAAGUUGUUGAAGAAUUCAAGAAGAGGUUGUAACAUAUUCUCCAGAAGAAGGUCGCAAUAUCCUCAGUCGAAGCCGUAUAAGAUGUAGAUCAUCUCUUCGCUUUCUAGCUGAAUUUCUAAGGUGGCAAUUUAAAUUUAUAUUAUCAGUUUGUUAGGAUUAUGUGAUC